AUGGAAUCUCCUGAUGCAUGCUCAUCUAAAUCUAAAACAUCUGAGCAUCUGAAUCAUCCUUUGAAUCGUUGUUUCUCUGCUGCUGAGAAAGGUAAGUCUGUGGACAAGCCUAUCAAGAAUAAGAAACCAAAAUCCAAACUCAAGAUGAAACAUAAGCCUUCGGCUACCUCAUCUAAGUCAGUUGUUGCUUCUCAGUUUGGUACCUCAGUACCUUCUACUACUGAGUUCGUUCCUCGUCCAGUAUCCUUGAAAAAGACUUCCAAGGGCUUAGGACACCGACAUAUAUGGCACUUGGACAGUGGAUGUUCAAGACACAUGACUAGAAACAAGUCCUUGUUGAUCAACUAUAUGUCUGAACCUGAUCCUUCUGUAACCUUUGGAGAUAAUGCCAGAGGUAUUACUAAAGGAUAUGGUGUUCUUUCUAACGGCUCGGUUACCUUCAACCGAGUAGCUUAUGUGGAUGGACUGAAGCACAAUCUGUUAAGCAUCAGUUAA